AUGGUGCCGCGUUGCGCAUUUCCCAAGACAAGCUGUGGGUUUCAACCGCACAACGUCAACCAGCUUAAUAAGUCCGUCGUCGCAGGACGCGUUUCCAUCUACUCAAGUCGAAACGGCCUCAACCAUUCAAUCGGCAAGCGGGAGUCUUCUGUCUGCAACAAAUGGACAGCCGUCAGCAUCUCGGUUUCCAGGAGGAACCCUCUCGGUGACAGGAGAGCCAGGAACAGGCCGCACACCGCCCCCAACAUCAGACGAAAGCAGUUCGCCGAUCUCGAGGAGUUCGAUCUCAUCGAACGUGGCCAAUGGGACGUCCCAGGCCCCAGGCGUCGUCAGCACGUCAGAGGUGUCAAACUCGACGUUUACCAGAAACCCUUCAAGUACAGGGUCAUCCGCUCUUUCAGACGCCUCCUCCCGCAGCCUGAGUACUUUACCCAUAGCGAACACAUCAACGACAAGUCCAAGUAG